UAGUUAUUUUUGUUUACGAAGAGAAUUUAAUUGUGCGAGGAUAAUUCAUCUAAAAUGUAUAGGUGUUUUUGUGUCUUUCUGAUACGCUUCAACUGCCAGUAAAAGGUCACUAUAGUUCAGAAGUCGCAACAACUCCGAGUUGAACCGGAAUCACACCUGUAGAUAGAAAUCUUCCCGUCAAAUAAAAGCUGUCUGUCUUAUGGACUCCAGAUUUGACCUUGUUGCCAGUGCCGUAGUCGGGGAAUCAUGUCCAGUAUGCCUGUGCCGGUUACAUCAUCGGAGUGCGGCGGUUAUUAUCCCAUGUAUGCACGCGUAUUGCAUCGUGUGCAUCCGCAGAUGGAGCCAUGUAAAGAGAAAAUGCCCUCUCUGUAACGCCGACUUUGAUUCGUGCUUCUCCACAAUCAGCUUCUCGUCUCGGACUUUCAAUAAAGAGAAAUUAUCAGCUCGUAAUGACAAGUUACAGUCUGGGUUUGUUGGCUCCUCUAGGCCCAGAUACCGAUUGCCGGACCAAAGAGUGAUUAGGAGAAGGAGAGAAGAGCUUAAUGCUUCUGGCUGCAGAACGAGGCCGUUCCCGAGGCGGCGAUCCUUUGAUCAGAUUGGAGCUAGAAAUUCAGAUGAUAUUACAAGGAGAAUCAUUCGGUGGCGUGCUAGUAUAUAUGAAGAGAGAUUGCAGGCUGUUCCUUUUUCAUCUAAAAACUGUCUUAUGCAGCACAUGGAUAAUAGGAGUACCAAAGAAAAGAUGUUACAGAGAAUAGAACCUUGGAUAAGAAGGGAGCUGCAGGCUAUACUGGGGGAUCCAGAUCCAUCCAUCAUUGUCCAUGUUGCUACCUCCCUUUUUAUCUCCGAAAAUACACAUUCAACACAGCGGUGUGCUGGAGAUGAUUUUCUUGCGCCGUUGCGACCCUUCUUGCAUGAACGUGCAGAAAUGUUUUGGCAUGAACUAAGGUGCUUUGCGGAGAGCCCUUUGUCUAUGCAAACAUAUGAUACUGUGGUGGAGUACAAGUCCUUGGACUACUUCAAUAGUACCAGUCGAUGAUACGUAGGCUAUAAUUCUGCGGUAAGAAUGGAUUGAGAUGGAUAAGAUACGGUUGUGAUCCAGCGUUGUCAUCUGACCACGGCUAUAAGGAUGUCUUUGGAAUCUGAAUUCUUGCGGAGAAUGAAAGAGCAAGCCGUCAGUUUUUCUUCCUCAAUAGCCAGCUAGAUUGGUUGAAAAACCCACGAUGCACUUGAAGGAUGGGUUCUAGAGAGGAUUGGGCCAACCAAAACUUUUGACUCCGAGAGUGAGAGGUUGCGUCAAUCUCACGCCUUGUCAUCAGAUAAUGAAGUAGAUUUCUCCCCAGAACCCUCCUCAACCUGGGUUCCUUAGUUGGAUAACAUGGUAUCAUGCAGCCUUGGCUUUUGUCUAGGCAUCUUCAUGGAAUUCGUGAAGUCCGAGACGCAAGGAAAAACAACACUUGUGUGAUUAGCAAUCCAUAAACCGGAGAGGCUGCAGAAAUCAAGAGUGCUUAAAUUAGAUUUCUGCAUUGCUUAAUCAAAGCAUGACCGGAGUUCCUGGAGAGUUGCUGAUAUUUUGUAGACAAUGCGCUACUUGUUGAAGCUUUUAAUAAGACUUUUGUCUGAUUACUCCACUCGAUCUGACGAGAUUUUGGUAAUAUUUUGAUCCUGCCCCAUAGUGAGUGGCUGUUAGCGUCCUCUUCUUUGAUUAACUGCCACAAAGCUAUUGCACAUUCUGCAUAUGACUCUGGUCCACUCAUUUUGAAAAUAUGGUUUGACAACAGUGGACCUAGUUUUCCCAGAUAUCCUCCAUCAUUAAGACCUCGUUUAUUUAUUAUGAUUAUUAUAAGAAGUAGGAGAACCUUUUAUUGAUAGUUUGCAAAGUGGACGAUAAAAGGUGUGCUCAAAUAGAAACUGUACGGUGUGCGACUCUCUUUCGUGGAACACACAUUGUUGGAAAGGUAUUAAUUACACUGUGCAAAGUCUUAUGUAUGAAAGUUAGAUACACAAUAAGUUGUUCCGAUAUUUAAUUUUUAUGAGAAAAUGAGAUUUUUUGUCCUCUUGCAAUUGGAAUACAAUUUAAAAAGAAAAAAAAUGACCUUUUCAUAUCUCUGAUGUGAAAACUGCCAAUCUCUUGUAAAAAAGAUAUAAAAUUAAAGACAUUUGUAAGUGGGCUACAAAAUCAUUUCUCUUUUAAAGAUAUGCGUGACUGGAAAAACUUUAACUUUCAACAUAGGAUUAGGACCAAAAGAUUAUGCAUGCAUAAAGAUAAAAAUUAAUUACAAUCCCAAAUAUAAGCAAAAUUUAUAUAUGUUUGAAUAUCUGCAAAUCACCAAAUGUGGCAUUUUCUGUGUGUGUGUCUUUUUAGUUGUUAUGAGUGUAUACAGUAAAAAUCGGAUACGCCUUAAACCGGUGGGACCAAGAACCGAAGGAAGAAGGGGACAAGAACAUGCACGAGGAUUUUCAUUCUGAACCGGAGGAACGCUUGGACCGAGGCCGAGGAAGGGCAUCAUUUGAUCCGGUUUCUUCAUGGCCGAGUUGGUCGUUGCCGUUGGUCCGUUUGGUUGUGGCCGUUAGUCCGUUUAUUCGUGGCCGUUGGUCCGGGAGAUCCGUUGCGCGAUUGCCUCGCGUCGAUAACGUCCUGCCAUGCUCAACUGUCAAUCGUACGAGUGUCAGACCGUACGGCCAACCUAACCCAACCUAAUCCAAGUCAGAAUUUUUCUUUAUUUUUAGUUUUCUCUUAUUGUAUGGAGCCCAUGAGGCAACACUAUAAAUAAGGGCCAUUGCCCACUUUUAAGGGGUUGGCUCCUUAACAUCAAGAACAUUCUUUUGUACUAGAAAUAUAUACAAAUCUC